GCGUCAUUAAUAUGAGAAAUAAAUCGACUGUAUAUAUAUAGGAGACAUCCAAGGUCUUAAAAUACAAACAUUCUCUUUUCAUUCUUUAAAGUAUUAUUCACAAAUCUCUCCUCUCAUACUAUUAAGGUAUUACGACGAUGUUGUUUGUGUGCUAAGAAAAAUGUGUUUAGACGCAAAGGCUCCUCAUCUUUCAUCGACUCUGCCACCCACUUUGCCUUGGAAGUUCAAUAAACAUGUACAGCCUAAUAAAGGACUAACCCGCCAAGGCAAUGGGAACUCAGAAGAGCUACGUUGUGUCAUUGCUGUUAUUCGACAUGGCGAUCGAACUCCAAAACAGAAGGUGAACCUAAAUGUUACAGAGGAGAAACUGUUAAACCUGAUGCUGAAGUACAAUGGUGGAAAGCCAAGAGCUGAGACAAAACUAAAAAGUGCAGUCCAGUUGCAAGACCUAUUAGAUGCAACAAGAAUGUUAGUUCCCCGUACAAGACCAGGUCGUGAGAGUGAUAGUGAUCCAGAAGACCUUGAACAUGCUGAGAAGCUUCGCCAAGUUAAAGCAGUUAUUGAAGAGGGAGGAAAUUUCUCGGGGAUAUACAUGAAGGUUCAACUGAAGCCGCUGAAGUGGGAAGGUGAAGGCGAAGAAGAAAGACCUGUAGAGGCCCUUAUGAUUCUUAAAUACGGCGGUGUUCUAACUCAUGCUGGUAGAAAACAGGUGUUUACAUACUCUACCAUUUAAUUUGUCAUUGUUAUAUAUAUAUAUAUAUAU